AAAAAAUACAGAUGAAUAACGUGGUUUUUGUAAUUAAUAAAUAAAUAUAUAAAUAAUAUAUGACAACUUAUUUUGAAUAAACUAAAUUAUAUUAGUUACAUUUAUUUAAUAAAACAAAUCAUUUAUUAAUCGUUGAACGAUUUAUUUAAAGUUUAUGAAGAAGCUCAGAAAGUGUAUUGAUAAAUUUUAAGGUUAAACUUUACUAAGUACAGAUAUGGCAAAAACUUUAAGUAAUAAAAAUAAAAAAUCCGAAAAUGUGGAAGUGACCCACGUGGAUAAAAAGUCAAAAAAAAAAAAGAGCAAGACUGCUGAUGAUAAAAAUGACGAUGAAGAGCAAGUGGUAGUGAAGAAUAAAGUUAAACAGAAGAGAAAAAAGAAUAAGGACAACGUUGCUGAAGAAAGCCCAUCGAAAAAAAUUAAGACCGACGAAGAAAGUAACGAAAAUCAAGAUGAAGAUGUAGCUGAGUUACACGAAGACACUAAGAUAAGAAAAAUAAUAAAAAAAUCAACAGAAAAAGGCCCAUCGAAAAGAGAAUUGAAGAGAAAACGUGAAGAAGAAAAAAAAGAACAGAAAAAAUUAGCUAGCAAACAAGAAGCAAUGAGCAAAGCUUUGAAUUAUAUUUCUCUGUGGAAACAUGCGAGAACUCAAUGGAAAUUUGAAAAACUUAAACAAAUUUGGCUGAUGGACAAUUUAUUAGACGAGUCAUCUGUCCCUGACUCUGUUUUCCCAACAGUCUUGGAGUAUUUCGAAGGCUGCAAAGGCAUGGCACGGGAAACUCUAUACAAAAAAGGCGUCGAAGUUAUAAAGAAGUGCGAACAGAAUCAAGAAAAAGAAGACGAGACUGAUGAAGUUAUUGAAACUGUCGAAUAUAAACGUGCUAGACAACUUUUGCAAGCUUUGCCAACAGAAACUUAAAAUAUAUAUCAGUAUUUAAAAAAAUAAACGAGCGUCCUCAAUACUCGGCUAUAAAUUAAUAAUGACAACUCUCUAUUUAAAACAGCUAUUUUAAAUUUUAGGUUUUUAGGCAAAUU